AUGCCCUAUGGUGCAGCGGAAAAUGCCACGUCGUCUUCUGAAGGUCAGCGGUUUUUUAAAUCAUCCAAGAUGGCGGAUACGGUAAGGACACUUUCAAAUCGUAAAUUGCUUCUGUUUUUCUGCGAAGAUGUUUGUGUUUUUAGCUUUAUUUUAAUCAAAAUAUAAGUAAUAAUCCUUGCUUUCUUUUUAGGAUCAUUUGGAUGGCACGGAGGACGUAGCAUUAAAUUUUGGAGACGAAGAUGAACUUUUCAGCAGAAAAAAGAAAUUCAGGUUUGCAAAUAAACAGUCUCAGUCAAGAUUAGCGAAGCUUCAUGUGCAUUAAUAUCAACGUGUUUUUAGAUCCAUUUAUUUUAGUUUCUCCUAAUAAGUCUCUUUGGGUUUGCCGUUCGAAACAGAUGUGUAAAUUUCUAAAACUUUUGUCGUGUUUUAUGAAAAUGUCAACAGUUUAGUGUAACUGUGAAAGGUGAAGCUGAAACUUACAUUACGCUUAAGUUUACAUACUAGUUGUGCGUGAAAGUGGACAGAAUAAAUGACAUCAUUUCAUAUGUGAAAUGAAAUGAAAAAGAAAGUGAUAACAGUCGUGCAUGCAAUUCAAGAAAUUUCAAAAGGAAGUAUGGAAAAGAUAUUAGUGAUAACUUUUCUAUUUCUGUUAUCAUUAUAUUUGUUCAUUUAAUUAUAAAUUUAAGCUUAACAGUUCCUUUGUUCAUACAUGUUGCAUAUAAGAAUACAGCCAAAAAGUCUCUUUGUUCUUAGGCUAACAGCAAUCCAUUCAGCCAAAAUUUCUGCAUGGAAUUUUUAAAAUUCCCUUGUACCCGGGCGUGGGUAACCUGCGAACAGCAGACAGAUUUCCGGUCAUCGCUUUUCAGAGGGAGAGAAGCGACAACUGGAAAUGCAUCGCAGGCUAGGGGCUGGGGGGUACUACCAUAUAUUUUGGAUAGGUAUGUGCCACCCAGGGUCUUAAACCCUAAUCCUGUUUAAGGGUGAGACAAAAAGAAUAUUAUACCCUAUUUAAGGCCCAGACCUGAAAGAUGAGACCCAUUUCAAGGGAAUACAAAAAUUCAGAAGGAAGUACACACAUCUUCCUUGAACUGUUUUCCUAAUACUGGAAGGUAAAGUUAAGUUUUAACAGAUGAUUUUGUUUCUUGUUUAGGUGGGGAUUUGCACACUUGAAUUUUAGCUGAUAGGAUAAUGGUACCCUAUCUAAGGAUCACACCAGGGCAAAAAUGAUACCCUACUUAAGGAUUAAGACCCUCAAAAAGCAUACCUUAUAAGGCAGCACAUACCUUUCUAGCUUAUAUUAUGGUAGUACCCCUAGGCUUUGUACAUACAGAACUGUACUUUCCCUUCCACUGAACACAACUAACAUCACUAGUACUAUCCAGGGCUGGCUAUUGCUAAAAACAACAUAUCAGGCAAACUAGAAUUUAUUGGUCUUUUCUUUCUCUGUCAAAUUAGACCACCUUCCACACUGGCCCCAAUAUUUCAGUCAGACCAAACCAAAAUGGAUCGUUCCACUUGAUCUCUGGCCAAAUUUUGUGGAAAUGUUUGGUUGAAUGGAUCAUGCCUCUUGAAUCAGUCUGAUGCUUGAUUAUAUUUCUUAUUCUUUACUCUCAUUUCAGGAAUCCUCUGGUGACAGCUUUUCAUCUCCUUUUCCGUGUUGCAGCCAUUCUUGCGUAUCUUCUGUGCGGACUGCUCAGUGAUAGUUUUAUCACAAACUUUGUGGUCAUUGUUCUGCUGUUGUCGUUUGAUUUUUGGACUGUCAAAAAUGUAACUGGCCGUUUAUUAGUAGGUCUUAGGUGGUGGAACUACAUUGAUGAAGAUGGGAACAGUCACUGGAUGUUCGAGUCUAAAAAGGUGUGAAAUUAAUAUAUUUUUCAGGGCAACACAGGGUAGUGCCACCAAUAUUUCUUGCCAAUUCAUAGUCCAAUGCACAGAGGCAUUCUCUAAAAAGGGUCUGAUCUUGUUUAAAGCAUAGUGAUAGUACUGGGAUAGGUUUGAACUGGGAAUGUGCUACCCAGGUCUUGAAAUGUGGACACUGAUUUUGACAAAAAAAUUGAAAACCAAGUGAUUCCCCAUUCUAGAAAUUAAGAGGACAAUUUUCAAUGCCUCAUCCUGGAGUUUUCUCACUCUAUUUAGCAUUUGUGCCCGUGAAAAUGGAAUGCAAGUAAGUACAAUAGAAUCUCGAGCUUCUGCAUCGUCUUGGUAAGGACACUCUCCUGACAUUUUGCCAAAAAACAAGGUGGAGGAACUAGCUCAAGUUUUGUUAACUCAAGCUUACCAGUCGAGAUGCAGCUCUUUAUAGCCAUCACGUAAGGCCAGAAUUGAUAAAGAUUUGUCAACCCUCUUACACAUCCAGCGAGGCGAAGUACUAAGAGAAGCUUCUUUUUGAAAGCUUACUUCCCUUAAUCUGGUUGCAACAGCUGAGAAUUUGCCUCUUUGGUAGCCAAGUUUUCCAUUAGUUUAAAACAAAAGUUUUUAAACUUGUGUUUGCGCUUUCAUCAGUGUUUGUUUUCACUUUAAACAAGACCUCAACUCCUUCCAGGUUUAAGUUGGGAUACCUUCACAGCUGUGAUCUAGCAGUGCCCAGUAGCCCCUGGUGCUAAGAUUUUACUCCUGGGCAACUAAAAAAUCUUAGGCUUUUUUUGUAGAAAUCAUUUGCUGGGCACCCUGGAUUUCAGAGGUUCCGAGCACAGGCCUCCCUUCAGUUUUUCUUAGGGCACAACAGUGACUUGAUUUGAUAUGUUUCCCAACAGAAUGAUAAAAGUGUGACAACUGCUGAAUCUCGUGUUUUCUGGCUGGGUCUGGUCAUUUGUCCUCUCAUUUGGAUGCUCUUUUUAGUGGCUGCAUUGUUUUCACUGAAAUUUAAGUGGUUGGUAAGUUUAUUUUGACCACUUUUAUUAAAAUGUGAUACAUUUAAAUAUGGAAGUGAAUUAAACGGAGCUUACUAAUCAAAAUAAGUACUGUUGAAGCUUUCUUAUGCAAUGCACUUGUGCCAGAAUGCUUAUGGACAAAAUCCUGCUUUGACUCACUGCUUGUAAAACACUCUGUUGCAAUAAGCAGCAUUUUCAGUCAUGGACACUUUUUUUGUUAUUCCUAAGGGUGUCUGCUUAGGGGCUGACCAUUUGACUAUUGAGCGGGUAUGGGUGAUUUCAGGAAAAAACAUCCUGCAGACUGAUUUCGAGGGAAAAAAAUUCUUGCAAGGAAGUACCUGGUGAAAAAAUAUCUUUCAAGGUGUACAAAACUGAAAAAGUAAAUCUUGCACUGUUAUAUGCCAGGAAAAAAUUCUAUCACCAGGGGAAAAAAUUCUUACCAAAACCAAAUCACCCAUACCCCCCCCUCAAAAGUCAAAUGGUGGGUACCUUAAGGGAGCUUUGGCCAUAACGCACCUUAGAAUCUUUCAUGUAUUUCAACUUUUUAGUUUUAGAAGCUUUUUUCACAGGGUUUCACUGUUUCCUACAGUAGGUAACAGUUCUCCUAAUUACCCUCAAAAUAUUGUCUGACAACAGCUUUGUAUCAUUAGCAGAAAGUUGUCUGUAGGCUUGUACAGUUUGGGGCACAGAUUUUACAUGUUUACAUGAGGUUUGCUUGGAAUCUGUGGGCCAGUUGGGGUUGCUUAACCCAGAGUAUGGGAGUUCUAGCCAAAGCCUAGCACACAUUUUUUGCUAAUCCUCAGCACAUUCACCGUUAUCCUUGUUUGUCUGCUGAAGCCAAAGUUUAAGAGAAUUUUAUAGAGGACAAAAUGUAAUAUGUUGAUUACAUACAAGGUUUCUGGUCAUUCCAACUCCACAUAGACUGCCUUGUGAAUAUUUUUCACUCUCACACUUAAGCAAGCAUCAAGAAAUAAUUUUCACAUGCCUUGCCAAUUGUGCUCAGUGAAUAUAAUAAUAUUGAUAAAUUUACUUGGCUCAAGUUCUAAUUCAUUGUUAACAAGGAAGCAUGACAAACAUUGUACUCUAAAUGUUGUGAAUAAAUCUCAUUGUUUAGCUUUAUAGUGCAUGUUAGUCCAUUGGGGAUAGAACACAAUUUUGUGCUUACCCACUGUGAACUUUAGCAUGCCCUGGGAGUCAAGCUUUUCUGAGGCCUUGUUAAAGAUAAGAAAAUAAACAGUGAAGCUUUUCUAAGGCUUUGUAAGAGAUAAGACUUGAAAAUUAAAUUACAAAAGGAGCUCUUCUCAGAAUCACUUACAGUACAAACCAGGACACUUGUAAGAAGAUUGUUCAAUCACAACGUUUUCUGAAAAAAGAUUCUCAAGUAUUUUUGGCAAACCGACCAACAAAAUUCACUGAUUGGAGGGCUGUUUGCUGAGAGGUCUGGUAAGUUCAACCAGUUUAAAAGUUUCUAACGGUUACAUAGUUGAAUCUUGAAUUUUAUUUGUCAGUUUGCAAAAACACUGGAGAAUCUUUUGUAUUCAGAAAAUGUUGUAAUUGGACAAUCUUCUUCCAAGCUUCCUUGUUUGAGUGUGUUAUCAAAAGGUAACACUCUGAACUGAUUUUUUUUCUCAGUUAGUGGUUGCUGUUGGUCUCACCCUUAAUAUUGCAAACCUCAUUGGUUACAUCCGCUGCAAGAAAGAUGCAGGGAAAAAGAUUACCACUUUUGCUGGUACUUUCUUGGGAAGACAACUCCUCAAUCAGGUAUUUUCAUAGAGAUUUAAAUUUGAUCAAGGCAUCUUCAGUAGUUUAAAUUUCUGAUUAGGUAUGGUCUGUAAUUUCGCAUAAUCAUACAUAGUAAUCCCUUUCAAUUAUUGAAAGAGUAUGACAGACUAUUAACAAUAAUUAUUGUUGAAGUUGAAGUUUUUGUGGCUUCUGCAAAUACCAGUCAUAACUGUUCAUUGGUGGGAUAUGUAAAAUGUAUACAGUUUCACAAUAAAGUAAUUAUUGUCAACUGACAAUUUUUACAAGUGAAUAUAUUAUGAGGAACAAAUUAAAUAAUAUGAUGAUGACUUUCAUUGUAUGCAAUCUCUUGCCUAAUCCAUAACAAACAAAAGCAAUAAACCCUAUCAGCACCCUUACUGGUAAAAUGUCUGUAUCUGUGACAUAGUGCCAUUGUUUGAAAGUAAAAUGUUGUAACUCAAGUGAAGCCUUGAACUGCUGUAAGUUUAAAAUUAAAAGUUAAAUUCUGAGCUUUUGUUAAAGAACAGCAUCAACACGUAUUCUGCAUGGAGCUAUACAUAUAAAAAUGUAAAGUAAAAUGUGUACAAAGUUUGAGAAUAGGGUAUAAGAAGUACAAAAUACAAAUGUCACUGUUUAUUUGCUUGUAUUUAGUGUAAAUAACUCUUUAGAAAAUUAUUUGCAAAUCCAUUGAACUGAGCACUAUGGCUAAUUCUUUUCUUUCUCACAUCUAUGUGGCAUGGCUGCUCUAUUAUUUCAUUUAGCAGGCAAAUCCUCCUCGUCGCCGUCAACUUCCUGGACAAUUCUAUGUACAAACAUCUUCUAACUCUCUUCCUCGAGUUUUGUAA